AUGGGUAGCUGCACUGCACCUUUGUCUCAGCUGGAGAGGACCUCCGACAAACACAGUGUAGAGAAGGAAUCCUUAACAGCUGUAGACUAUGGGUCUAAGACCAUGGGAUUAAUGACUGAGAAUCCAGCAAGCGAUGAAUUGGAGGACCAUAUUAUUCACAAUGACAAACCUAAUAUGACUACUACUUUGAACUUGAAGAGUAAAAGCCUUACAUCACGACUGUCAUUUGGUGGUUUCCUAUGGAGGACUAAAAGUGCCACAAUUAAAUAAAUAAAUACACCAUUAAAUAAUUACUUAAAUGUGUCAUUAAUUAAUUAAAAUUAGAAUUAAAUACAUAAAUGUGUAAUUAAAUGUAUCAUUAAUUAAUUCAAAUACCGAUUCAUUUUAUGUAAAAUACAUAUAUAAUAAUUUCACUAUUUACAUUUACAUUUCAUGGUCCUGCGUUGGAGUGCUUCCUGAAUUACUUAAAACUGUCAAACUGACCCAUCAAAAGUUGGUAGGCGGAACCUAACGCCUGAUUGGUUACCCUCUGCAUCAAGCCAAGACAAAUCAAUUCCGGAUAAUGUCAGCAGGUCCUGCUUCUACAUCCUCUGCUAAGUUUAAAAUGUCUCUAACCAACUCCCUGGAAAGUUCACGGAGAUCCUCCAUUGUCUCUAUCCAGGUUGGCCUACUCUACUUCAGACCAAAGCAAUGGAUCAGACUAGAUUCGCGUUAGCCCCGCCCACUGACUUUGAUGGGUCAGUUUGACAAUUUUAAGUAAUUCAUGAAUCACUGCAAUGCAGGAUCAUGAAAUGUAAAUGUAAAUAGUGAAAUAAUUAUAUAUGUAUUUUACAUAAAAUGAAUCGGUAUUUGAAUUAAUUAAUGACACAUUUAAUAACACAUUUAUGUAUUUAAUUCUAAUUUUAAUUAAUUAAUGACACAUUUAAGUAAUUAUUUAAUGGUGUAUUUAUUUAUUUAAUUGUGGCACUUUUAGUCCUCCAUAGUUUCCUGCCCAAACUCCCACAAAGGGCCAAACCCUCUGAACCAUACUGAGUGCAAUAGUGUGACUGAUUUUGGGAAACUUCUGAAGAAGAAUAGCUUGGUUGGCACUCAUGAACUGAGGAGCAACACCUUGAUGGACAACAUUGAUGAUGAAGUGCUUCCAGACAUUAGCAGUGAAGCAGACUUAUCAGAAUCUUUGGACACAAAGUCUCCUCAGAGGGUCGACGACAAGGGAAAUCUUUUCCAAGGCAAGGUGAUUGAGGAUGUUGUGGAGAAUUAGGUUUUUAAAGAGCCGGUCCUAACUACUACCCAAAGUCAGAAGAGACCCCUACCAGGAGAGGGCCAUGAAGACCCCAUGGACCAGGAAAAGAGGAGGAAGCCAUCGAUGGAAAACAUCAGAGAAAUGGUAAUUGCUAUGUUUUUCAUAUCAGUUAACCUUUCUUUGUUAAAUGUAAUCAAUACAAGUUAAUACAUUUGUAUGCUUUUACAUUUUAUCUUGACAGAUGCCACCCACACAGGUAGUUCAGUAGGACAGUAACUGUACAGGAGCUGCAGCUGAUGCUUCCAUCAGCAACUCCAACCUCCUAUGUGAGGGAACAUUUGAGUCAAGUGAGUUAUGAGGCUCUUUUACUGCUGUCAUUUCUUCUAUCUCACUCAAACAUAUUCAACAUCCCCUUGUCUGUCUUGAUCCCUUUUUAAAGUGCAUUGUCUAGAUCAGGUAGGAAAUACUAACUUGAUUCCGUUUUGCAGCUUACAGACAAAGCCAAUUAGUCACAGCUUGAGGACACUGGGGAUACACAUUUGAUGUACGGAAGGAAUGUCAUCAACUCUCCCUUUUACAUUGACUUUUCCUGUUAACAUUUCAGCUAUACUGUGUUUUCACUGCUCUUUCACAUUUCAUGUCAGAAACUCCAAGAUGGCAGCAUUACAGUGGCUGAGUUCCUGAAACUCUUCAGCAUCGACUUUGUCAUCCAUAAACCUCGUCAGAGUAUUCUGCCUGGCAGAGUAAAUCUUAAACCUUUGUUUUUAGAAUUGUAUUUUGCUAACAAAAUGUAAUUACUAACUUUUGGGCAAUUAUUACAAAAGAUAAUAAAGGUACUAUAUACAGAUUUCCCCCUUCUUAUAGAUUGCACCAGAUCUGGAUCGCAAAACAGAGGACUUGUUAAUUGAGAAGCAUAUUAACCAUCUCAAACAGCGGGUAUAUGAGACGGACUGCCAGAUACUCAAAGAAAUGGUGGAGGGGUAUGUUUAAUGAUACAUGUCAUUGCCAACUCAUUGUAAAGCUUUAUAUAUCAUUUUGUUUACUGUAAGAUUAAGUAAAAAAAAUUAUGCUCAAAUCUGUAACCUGCUUUUAGUAAAUAACAAGCCACGUAUAUCUAUUUGGUGUAUUUUCAGGUUGAAAGCACGUCUGAGAGACCAAGACAAUCUUCUGAAAAGUGUUCAUGGGACACUUUGGGAGGCAGUGAAUAGCUUUUCAGAUGAAGAGUAUUUUAUUUUAUUUGGUUAUUUGUGGAUUUGUCUCCCUCUUGCUAUUUCUAGUCAAAGGUGGAUAUAGAAAUGAUCCAUUUGGACAACCCGUCUUGAUGUUGUGGCUUAUCCCCAGUUGCAGCUUUUUGGUGCCAAGUUGAAAGAGAGGAGGACAUUCUUCAGAAAGAGAAGCAAAGUGCGCUCAUGAAAUGAAAGCCGUUUUGUACUCUGACCUUGUGCACACAACUCUGGUAAGACCCUUGAUGAGAAUGAGAAUCCCUUAAUUAUGUUGCGCUAGUAACCUUUUGGACGGAAAUAUACUUACGCGUUCCACAUUUGUGUGUGUGCAUAACUCGGCUAAUAAACUGUUUCAUUGAUGUCCCAUUACGUCUUCACAGGAGGCACAACAUAACUUGAGAGAAAAGAUUGAGAAGAUGGAUAAGUUGCUGAAAGACCUUGAUGGAUGUCUAUAUGACUUGGAAGCUUGUAUUUGUCACGCCCUGGCUCUGGGGACUCUAAUAUGUUGAGCCAGGGUGUGUAGAGUCUAUGUGUUUUGUUCUAUGUUCUCAUUCUAGUCAUUUGUGUUUCUAUGUUGGCCAGUGUGGUUCUCAAUCAGAGGCAACGUGAAUCAGCUGUUGCUUGUUGUCUCUGAUUGGGAACCAUACUUAAGCAGCCUGUUUUCCACAGUGUAUUGUGGGAUCUUGUUCCGUGUUCCUGUGUAGGUUUGUGUUUGCACUUUUGGACGGCACGUAUCGAUUUUGUUGUUUUGUUCGUGUAAGCAUUUAAUAAAUAAGUAUGUUUGCAUUCCACGCUGCGCCUUGGUCCUCCUCCUUCGACGAUCGUGACAGAAGAUCCCACCAGAACUGGACCAAGCAGCGGGUCCAGGAGCCAUCGCCAGGGAAAUCUCUAGCGGAUAUCCAGCGCCUCCUCGACUGGGUCAAGCCGUGUGAGCAAGAGAGGGGCUUGACUUGGAAGCAGAAGGGCGAAAGGCUGGCGAGAGAUCUGGAGACCUGGUCCACGGGAAGGAGAGAAGCCCAGAAUUUUUAGGGGGGGGCUCACGCCGUGGACGACGGGGCAGCAGGAGACCGCGAUAGAGCGGCCCAGCGGGUUGGCAGAGGAGGCCGCCAGGUUACGGGGGCCACUGGUCAAAAAGGGGAAGGAAGGUGUAGAGGCACGGCGAGAGGUACUGGGGUGUGUUACCAGUCCGGUCCGGCCCGUUCCUGAUCCCUGCGUAGGGCCAGUGGUGUGUGUCCCCAGUACGAUCCGGUCUGUUCCUGUCCCUUGCACCGAGCCUGUGGUGCGCGUCGCCAGCCCAGUCCGGUCCAUUCCUGCUCUCCGCACCAAGUCAGUGGUGCGCUUCGUCAGCCCGGUCCGGCCCGCUCCUGCUCCCCGCACCAAGCCAAUGGUGGGCGUCGCCAGCCCGCCCCGGCCUGUUCCUGCUCCCCGCACCAAGCCUAUGGUGCGCGUCGCCAGCCCGGCCCGGCCUGUUCCUGCUCCCCGCACCAAGCCUAUGGUGCGCGUCGCCAGCCCGGCCCGGCCUAUUCCUGCUCCCCGCACCAAGCAUAUGGUGCGCGUCGCCAGCCCGGCCCGGCCUGUUCCUGCUCCCCGCACCAGGCCAAUGGUGCGCGUCGCCAGCCCGGUCCGUCCCACUCCUGCUCCCCGCACCAAGCCUAUGGUGAGCGUCGCCAGCCCGGUCCGGCCCGUUCCUGCUCCCCACACCAAGCCAGUGGUGUGCGUCGUCAGUCCGGCACGGCCCGUGCCUGUUCCACCGGUGCCUGGUCCGGCACCGGUCAGCUGCUUCACGCCGGAGCUAGAGCAAUCCGCUCCACCAGUGUGCAGUUCAGCUCCGGUCAGCAGGGCCAGACCGGACCAGGGGUACUUUGGGGGGUUGGAGAGGGAGUGGGGAUCAGGCCCGGAGCCGGAUCCGCCGCCAAGGCAGAGUGCCCACCCGGUCCCUCCCCUGUGGUGUUUGGUUGGCGCGGCCGGAGUCCGCGCCUUUGGGGGGGGGGGGGUACUGUCACGCCCUGGCUCUGGGGACUCUAAUAUGUUGAGCCAGGGUGUGUAGAGUCUAUGUGUUUUGUUCUAUGUUCUCAUUCUAGUCAUUUGUGUUUCUAUGUUGGCCAGUGUGGUUCUCAAUCAGAGGCAACAUGAAUCAGCUGUUGCUUGUUGUCUCUGAUUGGGCACCAUACUUAAGCAGCCUGUUUUCCACAGUGUAUUGUGGGAUCUUGUUCCGUGUUCCUGUGUAGGUUUGUGUUUGCACUUUUGGACGUCACGUAUCGAUUUUGUUUUGUUCGUGUAAGCAUUUAAUAAAUAAGUAUGUUUGCAUUCCACGCUGCGCCUUGGUCCUCCUCCUUCGACGAUCGUGACAGUAUUUUGGAUUUUAGUUCAUUUUGACAAUUUCAAUAUUUUCCACUGUAAUCCCAUUUGAAUUUGAACCAAUGGACAUAAUAUCAGUUUUCAUAAUGCAUGCUUGUCAUCCUCUUAAGAUAAUUGGGUUAUUAGAGGUGGUAAUUGAUUAGAAUUUUCAGAGGUUUUUUCAUGCUUCUUUUGUCUUCUGUCUGCCACACAACUUGUAGCUUUGGAAGGCACCGGGGUAGAGAACUGUGAGAUGACUUUGAAAUCAAGGCAGCAAGGUAACUUGUGAUACUACAAAAUCUUCAGGUUUUUUUUUUUAUUAAUCAAUGGUGUGCUUGGUAUUUGAUGUAUUUAUGUUGAAUUACACUCUUAACAGGGGUGGAGAAUGUAAACAAAGCAAUUGCAGAGAGUGAAAGGUAGGCCGACAUUUCUUGAAUCAUAAUUUAGUGCAAAUAAAUUUAGAUUUAGUCCAUUUCAGUUUUUCUUUUUGCCAGAGCUAUGGUCUCUCUAUAGAGAUUUUGAUUUGUGUUACAUUACUCGCUUCCGCCGAAUGUGCGCACAAAUAGAAAACAUACGUUUUUCUCCACAGGCAAAUGUGUGAAUUGGAAAUGCAGAAGAAAAACUCUGUGGACGAAGUGGACAGGCUCAGAAAGGAAACUCUGGAACUUGAGAACCACAUUGCCAUGCUGGAUAGGUCCGUUUCUGAUUUUCUGUUAUAUCAGGGACCCCCCCCCCCCCCCCCCCGCAUGUACAACUAUCAUUCCAUUCUACUUUGA